AGCCACGGGCGUAUUGUCGCCGGUGAAAGGGGCAACUGUACGAGAGGACGAAUACCCCGAAGCCACCAAACUGCACGCGGAGCGGUUCCUUCCCAAGCCCGUGGUUGGCAAAAGAACUGUGCCAAGAGCUUCUGGAGGACCGUUCCAACACUUUACAGUUCCAACUGCCCACAAUUUGGGCGGGGCGAUUGGUGCUGACAUGGCCCUCCUACGCUGCUGCUGGGCUGUUCCGAUGCGAUAUUUUGGCGUGGGCGAGCACGUGCGUGCCACGUUGAGUGACUUGGGCCGUUCCGUUGGCGCCAUGUAG